GUUUUAAUGCUAGAUGAGUAAUAUGCACGAUCACAGCGGUAUCUCCUAACGAUGAAAUAUGCCAAGUAUAAGAGUUUGAAAGUUAUAUUUACUUACAGCGAGCGGAAUCUCGAGUUUCACUUGGCGUUUAAACAGUUUGUGGUGCUUAUGUUAAAAUAAAAUAUUUUCAGAUUUUACCUGGAGUUAUUAGCAUUUCUUCAGGAUAUAACGCAGUUGGCCGCCUCUCGUAACAACAGUAUUAAUAAAAUAUGUGUAAUGUCUUUUAAUUAUACGGAUGGUUGUAUAUAAACUUUGACAUACUUUCAAAGGAGGAUAUUAAGACAAAGAAUGUGUGAAAUGUUUAAUUAUGUAUUAACUGGUGGUUUAUAACCGUGACAUAUGAUUAGUGACACAAUGAGCAUAGCGUGAAGAAACAAAAUAAAACUAGUGAAAAGGGGCGUUGCUUUCAAAGUCCGUAACAACCAGUCACAGUAUGGUAAUGUUUUUGAGAAUGUCUUGAUAAUGCAUUCUGAUAAUUCAAUUCGCCUCUUUUGGCUUUUACUGUGUGUAUUCUGUGCGCUAACAGACACUACCAACAAAGUUCUAGGACCGGAAGUGACGAUACGUGAGCUCGAGAUCACAUCUAAAGUCGCCUUCCGGUAUGCAGAUGUCGUUGUAAGAAGCCUUGCUGUCAAUACGAGAUCGCAUGCCCAAGAAGUGACCUUUGAGGUCAAACUUCCAAAAGAAGCUUUUAUAACAAGCUUUCUUUUAGUCACAAACAAUAAAACAAUAAAAGCUGUGAUCAAAGAGAAAGAUGAAGCAGAAAAGGAAUACAGAAAAGCGAAAACAGCUCACGUGAUAGCGGGACAUGUGACGCAACAAGAGGUCAGAGAUGACGUAGAUAUUGACGUGUUUGAAGUAGUAGUGAACGUCGCAGCGAACGCUGAUGUUGAAUUUCGUUUAGAAUACGAGGAACUUCUGCAGAGACAUGCAGGAAAAUAUUCACAGAAACUAUUUAUAGAAUCGGACCAUAUUAUUGAAAAGCUACAGGUGAGAUGUGAAUUUAAGGACAAACAAAAGUUCAAAAUGUUAACGUAUAAAACACCUUUCUAUACAGAGAGGGUGCAUGUAGUAUAUAACAAGGGAAUGGUGACUAAGAAUGGAUAUUAUUUCAAUGAAAUUGAAUGGAAACCAAGUAAAAGGGAACAAGAAAAUGCAGACAAGAAGUUAGAGUCACCAUUUGAAAUUGAAUAUGAAUUGGAAGUCAAUAAAAGAGGGGGUAUGGUUUUGAUUAACGAAAAGGGCGAGUUUACGCAUAUGUUUUCGGCGCCCUGUGACGAAAGUAAAAUCAUGAUGAAACAAAUCGUUUUUGUGAUUGACAUAAGUGGCUCAAUGGAUGGAAAUCCAAUAGAACAAGUUAAAGAAGCUAUGACUUCCAUCCUGUCGCGCCUGCGCACUCACGAUUUCUUUAACAUAAUUUUAUUUGAUGAUAAUACGAUUAUGUGGAAAUCAACCUUCCAACAAGCGACUUCGCUGAACGUGAAGGCAGCGAAGUAUUUCGUAGAGAAAAGUGUUAAAGCAGAUGGCUCGACGAACAUAAACGAGGCUUUACUUCUUGCAGUAGAUAUGUUUGAUAAAGAAUUACCGGCAGAUAUGAAUGGAAACCUUGGCAAAAUAAUUGUCUUCCUCACUGACGGGUCUCCGACAUAUGGAGAAACAGACACGACAGCUAUUAGAAGAAAUAUUCGUGCAAGAAAUUACUUGAAUGGUCAAAUAUGCUGUAAAUCUAGUAUUAACACUAUCGCAUUUGGAAGGUAUGCGGACAUGGAUUUUUUGCGAGUUAUUGCAUACGAACAUGAAGGUAUUCUGACAAUUAUCAAAGAGACAGAAAGUAACGUGGCAGGUGAAUUGGUAAAAAUAUAUAAAGACAUCGAAAAUCCGUUCUACAAAAAUUUAGUGUUCACGUACCAAGUGAAUGACCAAUUAUUACCCCGGAAUAAUAUAACACAGACACAGUUUCUGCAAUACGAUUGCGGAAAUGAAAUUGUUGUGAGUGGUUGGACAUAUCCCAAAGUACCAAUACGCCCUACAGUUAAAGCGGAUGGCGCCCAAAAUGAAAUAGCAUUCAAAUCAGUUCCAACCGUGUUGAUAUUACACGACGAUUCUGUGAUACUCUCGCGCCUUGUUGCAUAUAAAAGAGUUAAGCUUCUAUUGAAAGAAGCCGAGACUACGCUUUAUCCAGCGAGAAGAGAGACUGCGAACAAAAUGGCACUAGAGCUAUCUUUGAAAUUUGGUUUUGUGACACCUAUGACGUCGCUUGUCGUGACUGAUUAUUCCAAAUCUUCGACAAAAGAUUAUAUAAUCGCUCGAAAUGGGGAUUCUUUUAAAUCAGCCAUUUCAAACCCAGUACAUAUUUUACUCUGCUUGUAUCUUUACUUUCUGGUAUAAAAUUUGUGAAAUAGCAGUCCAAGCAUUUAUAAAUUGUACUAGCGCUAUUCUUGUUUAAAAACUAACAGUUUCUAGUUAUCAGAUACUUAUUUUCUCCUUGCAUGCUUCACAUACUGUUCAUAUUAAUAUCUAUUUGUAUUCCUGGUAAUUCUUUGCGCAGUUCGUGUUUUUAUGCUGCAUAUGUUCUCUGUUUUACAUUUUAAUUGUCAAAUUAAGUGUAUACGUGCUGUUGUUUAAUAUCUUUCUGAUUUGUCAAGUGUAAGUGUAUACGUGCUGUUGUUUAAUAUCUUUCUUAUUUGAGCCGCGCCAUAAGAAAACCAACAUAGUGGCUUUGCGAUCAGCAUGGAUCCAGAUCAGCCUGCGCUUCCGCGCAGUCUGGUCAGAAUCCAUGCUGUUCGCUUUCAAAGCCUACUGCAAUUAAAGAAGCUGUCAGCGAACAGCAUAGAUCCCGACCAGACUGCGCGGAUGCGCAGGCUGCUCUGGAUCCAUGCUGGUCGCAGAGCCACUAUGUUGGUUUUCCUAUGGCACGGCUCAUUCAUAGUCUAUUUUUUUAGCUGGACUUACUUAGUCAUCAGUUAGAAUUGUGAGAUAUCGUUUCUUACAAAUGACGUUAUCAUAAAAUACCAAUCAAGAAUUAGAAUUUAUGUUGGUAUUAAACCACUUUCAACUCGUGUCAAUAGUAGAGUUAUAAAUUUUUGGCGUCAAUUUAUUAGAUAACUCCAAAGAAAAUAAAUAAUUUGAACUUGGUAGUAUGUCUAAUAAUUAUUAUUGAUUGCCCUUUUUAGUUUAUUGGAGAGAUAAUGAAAUUCAUCACCCGACGGAUUUUCGUUACACAAAUGGCGUAAUACUGAUGAUGCUAAGCUUAAGGUAGUUCUGCACGUUCGGAUCAUUUUUUUAUUUUCUACAAAGUAGAAUCUGAUUAAACCGUGAUUUUUCAAGAGUUCAGAGUACACUUAGAAAUUUCAGCAAAAAAAUAAAAUAAUAUAGGGUCUUGUGCUUGGUUUUUUGCUAGACUGAUUUGAAAAAAAAAUGGAUAUUAGGCAAUUCUUCAUAAUGGGAGUUUAUGAGAAAAUAACAACUUUCAUAACAUUUUCGCGAAUAGAAAUUUUUCUACAAUGUAGAUUUUAAUGAAACUUCUCACAGUCGUAAGUAAACAUAUGGCAUAUAAUAUGGUGAAAUAAAAUGUAUAGGUUCGUAUGCUUAUUUUUUCAGAUAUUUGACUAUGAUUAAAGUGAACCUCACACUUCAGCCUAAUUUUAAGACACUUUUUUUUAAUUGUUUAACGUGUCGGAUGUUUUAAUAUCAUAUUUUAACUUAAGAAAGAUAGUAGCAGUGCCAUUGUAAUAAAUUUACUUGCGGGUUGCCAUUAAUUCAGAUGAUUUUCAUUUCCAAAUCCAGGCUUUAUCAAGGCUAGAUUUUCCGGAUAAUUGACGUUACGCCAUCACUUCCGGUUUAUCAAACGUGCAAAAACUGAACAGUUUUGUUAAUUAUUCUGAUAACUGUUUAAUUUACAGAAUGACUAGCAAGAAUUUGUUUUGAGAAACAUAUCAAACUUCUGCCGUUUGAUCUUGCUGUCAUGCUACGUAAAUUUAGUUGUAUGAAUCACGAACUUCCAAUAGAAGAAAAGAAAAAUAUUUCUAAUAGAGAACAAAGAAAUUUUGCCAUUUAUGUAACGAAAACCCGUCAGGAGAUGAAUUUCAGUAUCUCUCUAAUUACACUUUCUUUUAUGAUGUUAGAAAAAUAUAAGGAUGGCUAUUACUUUAAACAUCCUGAUGCUUGUAAAUUUUAGAAAUUUACGAAUAGUGAAAAUAAAAUGACUUUAUUGAAAUUUGGCACCUUAACAAUUGUGUCUGUAGUUUCAAAUAAAUUGCGAGUUUUAUUGCAAUUCUCAUUCUCCACAUAUGUUAAUCGUUAACACAUCUUGUGUUUGAAAAUAAUUUAUGUUGCUAUGUUAUGUUUAUGCCAGAUGACCAUAACGGCCUUGACUUUUUCAUUUGAAACUUUAAAUUUGAAACUUUAGUAAACCGUAGUGUUCUGAUGUAUGAAAUGUUUUUUUUGCUCUUUGUUUUAACAUAAAGAAUGAAUGCUGCUGUACAUUCCAAUCUGCAAGUUCUUAAUCUUAAAAAAAAGGAUAAGAUUAACAAGUAAGAAUGUAAAACCACGAAAUCGACCGUAAGAUAUCGAAAAAUACAACAAAAUACAGAAUUUAAUGUAUAAUCAUUUAACAAUAAAAGAAACAUUUAGGAUGCCAUACCAAGCCUGGGACAAAGGUUGAUGUUCGUCCUUCCAGAUGUUCGUUUACUAUUUGUCCGUUAUAGGUCUAUCUGCUCGUUUAUGUCUAUGUAUGUGUGUUACAUGAACAAGGGCUGGAUAAGGAGUACAUGGGUACUUAAAGCAUACAAACAAGCUUCGCCUCGUGUUAAUGUAACGCACAUACAUACGGAAGCUUGUAAAGGGCACCACAUAUAUUAGUUUGGAACUUGUAAGUAUAUGUAUAGCUUUUCAGGUUCUUUAUUUCAUAACAAUGCAUUACAGAUGCUUACUGAAAAAUUACUGUAUAUAUUGCAUUUUCUAUUAUUGCAUUAUAAAUGGCAUUAUAAAAUAUAAAAAAAUCAUGUAGAU